AUGAAUUACGCCAGCAGAGCCAAACAUGAUCCAAAAGCGGAACGAAAUAAUCAACAUUUAAAUGCACUGUUCAAGGCGAUUCCAAAGAAGUUAGCUGUGGCACUUAUGACAAGAGUCGCAAAAAUAUCCAACUACUAUCCGGCAAAGGGUGGGUUGUCUGCAUACUACAGCCUGCAUAUGAUUAUGCAUCAACGAAUGGUUGAUGCCUCUGACGAAUUUGUCGCUGAGACUGGUGCAUAUGUUCAUGGAUAUGGCCAUGACACCAAGAACAAUAUGGCUACCCAAACGAUCGAAGGUGUUUACAUGGGACCCACCGACGAUAUUCAAGAAGGACACCGUAUCUAUGAUCUGAAAACAAAGUGCAAGGCACAACGUGCGAAGAUCAAGGUGCUUCCGAUGACUGACCAAGUCAUCAAGAUUAUAGAAGAAGACGCAAGACUGGAAGGAGUGACGGAAUUACGCACCUAUUCCAAGCGUAAUGGCAAGCUAAUCCUCGAUGGUGAUUUGCUCGAAGGAGUGGACCCAGAUGAACUGUGGGAUGAAAACUACGUACCAGUAAACAAAAUCGAAAGACUGGGUGAUGUAACCCUCCAAAAUGAAAAUAUUCCAGAUGACGAACUUGAUGAAUUACUAAUGGAUGCUAAGGCAGACAUCAUGGAAGCGAGGUUCGACAGGGACAGGAACCCAAGAUACAAUAGCGAGGCGAAUCAAUAUGAAGAUGAGCUAGAGGACGAAAUGUUCGACAGAAUGUUCAAGAAGAUUAAGGCUAAACAAGAUGCUGAAGAUCUGAUGGACGAAGACUACCAAGAACACGAAUGGAUAACUGUCAAUGAGGACAUGGACUACAAAGACGAAUACGAGUCUGAACUAGACAAUGAAGAAACGAGGCAAAUGUCAGACGAACUACCAGCUGAGUUAGUGGAACUUGGAAAACCAGACGAAGAAGAAGUACUGUUCGAAUUUGAUGACGACACACAAGAAGAUGUGCCAGUUGAAUCAGAGGAGGAAGAUGGUGCCGCUCGUGCAGGAGUGAGAUUCGCAGACACAGAUGAUAAUGAGUCCGACACCGAAGGAAUUGUGAGAAGCUACAGUGACGACGGUGUUGAGGUUGGAGCGAAAAGGGUACUUCGCCCAAGACACAAUCGAUCCUACUUCUCCCAAGGGGUAAAAAUGAGACCCACUGAGAGAUACAGAAGAGAGAAAUCAAGUUUGGACAGGCAUACCUACAAAGAAGGAAUCCGCCUGUGCCAAACGUUUUGA